AUGGAACGGAAAAAGGAAAGCAGUUCGAAACGUCAGAUAUUAACCGCUUUGGUUGCAACAAUACCAACCUUCACAUAUGGAAUCCAGAUCGGCUGGCUGUCUCCAAUGGGACCGCUUCUAAGGUCUAAAUCAACGCCCGCGCGGGACCCCUUGACAGACAAUGACAUCUCGUGGAUGGCGGCCGCACUACCUCUAGCCGCCAUUUGUGGGAUACCGUUCUUCAGUCACGCGUCUGAUCGAUUUGGACGAAAGAUCUGUGUUAUUCUAGUUUCUAUAUUGUCUUGUAUAUCCUGGACGAUAAAACUGACAGCAAUUUUCCCAUCAGCAUUAAUAUCAGCGAGGGUGAUAGCUGGUCUCGCAGCGGGCGGCUGUUUCGUUGUAGUUCCUGUUUACCUUAAAGAGAUUUCGGAAGACACUCUUCGAGGGGCUUUGGGGUCUUUGAACAUGACUAUGUGUAAACUUGGAGUGAUAUUUGUAUAUGCCAUUGGAAUGGCGACCUCGUAUCGAGUGAACCAAGGAGUCUACCUCGCCGUGGCGGCUGUCCAUGUGAUUGUCUUCUGUUUUAUGCCAGAAUCUCCCAACUAUCUUUUGAAGAUCGGCGAGGAAAAGAAAGCAGCUAAAACAAUAUCCUGGCUGCGCAGUCUUAACAAGGACCACAACCAGGUCGUGGAGGAGCUGCUGAAGCUGAAGGAUGAACAGCGGCAGUUCGAGGAGACCACCCGGGUCUCACUGCUCAGUGUGGUACGCGACCGUACGACAUUCUCGGCGCUUCGGAUGACGCUGAUGCUGAUGGCGAUGCAGACGCUAUCAGGGUGCUUCGCCCUAAUGAACUACGCGGCCGACGUGUUCCAUAGAGCGGGCACACAGUGGAGCCCUAACACGUUGGCAUUGGCUGUCGGCUCCCUGCAGCUCGCUGGGUCGUUCUUCACUACGAUAUCCAUUGAAAAGUUUGGACGAAAGAUUCCUCUGGCCUGCAGUUCACUAGUCGUGUCAAUAUGUAUGACGACCUUAGCCACCUGUUUCCUUCUCGGCACGGGCGUGGUGAGCUGGUUGCCAGUGGUAGCCGUGUGUCUCUGUAUCCUGGCUUACGGAGCCGGUCUGGCACCAGUUCCCAUGGUCAUCAUGGCUGAAGUAUUUCCUUUCCAGGUGCGAGCACGGAUGGCAGGAGCAUCAAUGGCGUUUUCCUUCUUUUGCAGUUCGAUGACCGUUCUGUUCUACACGCCCAUUGCGAACCAGUUUGGAGCCUACGUAGUAUUUUAUACCUUCGCAGCUGUAACACUAUUCGGAGUCCUCUACACUAUCCUAUGGGUGCCAGAAACCAAAGGGAAAAGCUUAGAAGAAAUACAAAAAUAUUGGAAAAAGACUGAGCCAGUAUUUGUGUGA